AGGAUUUACUCUAUCACCCCGAUUCUUAAUGACAAUUCCCUGGGAAUUUUUUCCCUAUUCCCUGUUCCCCUAUUCUAAAUAAAAUCUCCCGGGGAAUUUUUUCCCUUUUCCCUUCUCCCUUAUUCUAAAUGAACUUCGAAAAUGGGAAACUCUUCCCCGGGAAAAAAGUAGGUAUUAUGAAUGUCAAUAAAAGGGCGAAUGUGAUAACGAAUUUUGGGAAUAAUUCCGCCAAAAAAUUGCAAGCGAGUUGUGCCAAAAAAUGUCAAAAACAACAAACAAAAAGCAGUUAGACAUUCUGCUUACCUCUAUGCAAUUACAUAGCGAUAUUGCGCGAGGUUGGUUUAAGGGAGGAAAAGAGGAGCUAAACCGGGUAUGGCGCAAUUUGGAGGCGGAAUUAAAUGCUGCCGGGCCACCAUCAAAAAGUGUUGCCGAGUGGAAGAAGGUAUGGGCCGAUCAAAAAAAGUAUGUACGGCAGAAGGCGGCACAAAACCUCAAAUACUCCAGAGGAACUGGUGGAGGCCCCAACAUGGAGCAGAAGUUUUCUGCAAACGAAGAGGCCAUAUACGAUUUGGUUGGCAUGAAGGAGUCAGUGGAAGGUGUGGCCAUCAAGUAUGGGUUAGGAUCUUCCACUUCUACAAUACAGAACCCAGAACGCCUUCCAAAUGAAAUUCUGGAGUUGCUAGAGCCAGACGGAGAGGAGGCUGAAUGUCCUGCGGUGCACAGCAAUGAAGACACUCCGCAAAAGCCGCCGGCGAAAAAAAUUAAAAUAAGUGGCCAGCAUUUCAAUACACAGGCAUCCGCUCGCGACGUUCUAUCAGAAGAGAUAGACAUUCAGAAACGUAUGUUGGAUGCAAUGAUUGAGCAGCAACAAAUUUCAAAAAAGGUGUAUCGUUCUAUUGACCGCCUUUAUGAAGUCAAAAAGGAAGAACUAAAAGAGCAGAAAAGGCACAAUUUAAUUAUGGAAAAAUUGCGGCUAAGAGAAGUGGAGGAUAAAAUUGAAAAGAACCGCCGACUCUUAGAACUGGAAGAACUGAAAAAUAAUCUAGAAAGUACCUGAAUAUAUAUAUACACAUACACACAGACUGAAAACGUGCAUAUGAACGUACCUGUAAAUAGUAUUAGUUUUGUUUUUAGUUUUAGAAUAUGAAUUUAUGUGUUUUCUUUUUGUUUGUUUUUGAACAUGAAUUUUAUUGAGUUUUUUUUUGGUUGUUUUUGAAUUGUUUUUUAGUUUGUUUAAAAUAAAAUGUGAUGCUAUUCCUAUGUGAUAACUAA